AUGGGUAUCCAUGGAUUGAUGUCCUACAUUGGAGAAAAUCAUCAAUUUUUUGAUAAUAUAAAAUUGCAAAACACUAGAAUUAUAAUUGAUGGCAAUAACUUAUUUCAUAGACUUUACUUCGACUCUCAUUUGGAUCUUAAUUAUGGAGGAGAAUAUGAUUCAUUUACAGAUAUCAUCUGUAAGUUCUUUGAAGCUCUGUCACUCUGUAAUAUUUCACCAUAUGUGGUUUUUGAUGGUGGAUGUGACUAUACAGAUAAAAAAUUUGAAACCAUCAAACAACGUGCCAGAGAAAAAAUCCUAAAGGCACACUCCAUUUCAAGAGGCAGAGGAGGGACUGUGUUGCCGCUACUUGGUCCAGAAGUUUUUAAACAAGUCUUAGUGCAGUUGCAAGUACCAUUUGUCCAGAGCCAUUCUGAAGCAGACCGCGACAUUGUCGCUCUUGCUAAUCAAUGGAACUGCCCUGUCCUAACACUCGACAGUGACUUUUGCAUCUUUGAUUUGAAGGCUGGUUAUUGUCCCCUCAAUUAUUUCAAGUGGGAAAAUGUAACUAAUCUUAAAGAUAAUUCAGAGCACUAUAUUUCAGCCCAGUGUUUCUCAGUUGAAAAGUUCUGCAACCAUUUUAAUCACAUGAACAAAGCUCUUCUUCCACUCUUCGCAGUGCUGAAUGGUAAUGAUUAUAUUAACCUUCCUUUCCUGGAGAACUUUUUCACCAGAAUACAUUCCCAUGCAAGGACUUAUGCAGCAGGGAGGAAGAAUGCACGAAUUCAAGGGCUUUUGAACUGGCUGGCUGGGUUUUCUGAGCCAAAAGAAGCAAUUCAAAACAUUCUGAAGUCACUAAAGCAAAGAGACCAUGAGAAAGUCCAAGAAGUCAUAUGUUUUCAUAUGAAUGAAUAUAUUCAGUCAGAUGUGGAUCUUGCAACAUACUUUAAGAACAAAGAUAUGAGGCCUCAUGCUCCUACUAUCUUGGCUAGCAAAGCCCCAGAAUGGAUGUUAGCUGCUCUAUUGAAAGGAGAUUUGGCUCCAUUUCAUAGCGACUGCUUGACCUUGAGGAGAACAUUCCUGCAUCCUCAGGUGGAAAAUAUGCGCAGGACCAGCAGUCACAGGUGUUCUUUGCCCAUUCGUCAGAUUAUUUAUGGUCUGCUGAGUACCAGUGAGACUUCUCUUGAUUCAGCAUCGGAUCUACCUACUAAAACACCAGGAAAGGCCAGCCUUAAAGCUGAAGAACACAGCAAAGUACAUCACGUGCAGGAAUAUGAUAGACAUGACCUAACUCUGAAAAAAACUAACAUUCAAGCAGUGCUGAAGAGAUUCAAAUUAAGUGAAACACAUUCGUUGCAAAGACUACCAGAAAUUUCUAUCCUGGAUAGAACCUGUUUUCUUUUAGAGACUCUGGAAGUGAAAACUGACGUGCAGGCUCUGCCAGCCAGCCUGCACUUGACAGUUUAUAUUACCUGCUACUGGGUAGUUCACGCCGAACCGAAAGUAACACUGCAUCAUCUUCAGGCUCUCCUGCUUUCUAUUGUAACUGGGGAAUUACAUAAACUAAUAUGCAAAACAGGUAACAAUAAGUUGAUGGAGAAAGACAUUGGAAUGGUAUAUGAUAGGCUUUCCCAGCUGAGACAAAGAGGGCAGAAGAUGGGAAAUCUGGAUGUAGAUGUAGCUCAUGUCUUCUGUCAGUGGCAGAGUUGUCUUCUAAUGGGAAUCUAUUUAAAUCAACUCUUGUGUUGUCCUUUUCCAACACCAGAUAUUACACGACUCUAUAGUGGGACUUUAAUUCAUUGUUUCUCUGAAGAGCUGAAGUCAAUGUCUUCCGCAGAGGAUCUACUGGAAGGUUGCCUGGUUGCGGGUGAUAUUUACUCCAAACUCCUACACGCAGUGACUGCCACAGUACCAGCAGACUUUUUUAAGACGGGGAAAAAAUCCAAAACUCACAGAAAACUGAAGAAAACAAACUAA